AUGUCUACACAACUGAAUUUGCAAACUUCCAGAAUUUCAACGGUGGUUCCUGCAACUCCUCGAGGCGAAAAAACCGGCGAGUAUAACCUAAACUACAUGGACUUGCUGAUGAAACUCCAUUACAUCCGAUCCAUUCAUCUAUUCGAUUCCGAAGCGGUUAAAGAUCUCUCAAUUUCCGAUUUAAAAGCACCGAUGUUUCCACUGCUGGAUUCAUGCUCACAUGUUUCGGGUCGGGUUAGGGUAUCGGAAUCAGGAAGGCCGUUCAUCAAGUGCAACGAUGCAGGUGUUCGAAUCGCGGAGUCGCGGUGUGAGGAAACGUUGCGUGAAUGGAUGGAUGAAAAGGAGUACUCAGUUGAUGGACUCGUACACGAUCACGUGCUUGGUCCUGAUCUUGCGUUUUCUCCUCUGGUUUUUAUCAAGUUCACAUACUUCAAAUGUGGAGGACUCUCAGUGGGACUAAGUUGGGCUCACAUACUUGGAGAUGCAUUUUCAGCUUUUAACUUCAUCACCAACUGGAGUCACACACUAGAUGCUCAAGCUUUUCCAAAAUCUCUUCACAUUUCAAAUUUCACCAAACCUAAAUUCUUAUCAAAUUCUAUUUCUGAUUAUCCCAUUUCUGUUAAAAAGGCAACACUUGUUGACAACUAUUGGCUUCCUGCUAAUGACAGUUAUGUAGCCACACACACUUUUCACAUCACUUCCAAACAAGUUCACCAUUUGGCCACAACAUUCACAUCUACCAAAACCAACACAAAAUAUUUUGAAAUUAUUUCAGCUAUGAUAUGGAAAUGUAUAGCACAAAUAAGAGGAGAUUUUGGACCAAGGGUUGUGACAGUAACCACUUCAAAUGUCUCCAAUGGUGUAGAAAGUGAAUUUCCAAAGAAUGACUUAGUGUUGAGUAGAAUUGAAACAAAUUUAUCACCCGGUGAAUCUAAUUUAUCAGAGUUAGUGACUCUGAUAGCUGAGAAAAAAAUGAAUGAGAACCAUAUAUUGGAAAAGUUUGUGGAAGAAAGUGAAGGAAAAGGAGAUUUUAUUGUGUAUGGUGCAAAAUUAACAUUUGUAGACUUGGAAGAAGGUGAUUUUUAUGGGGUGAAGAUUAAUGGAAAGAAACCUAUAAUGGUAAACAGUGACAUUGGUGGUGUAGGUGAUGAAGGGGUUGUUUUGGUUUAUCGAGGACCAGAAGAUGAUAUUGGUAAUACUGGAAGAAUGGUAACAGUUUCACUGCCAGGAAAAGAACUCGACCUACUCAAAUGUAAACUAGAAAAAGAAUGGGGUAUCUAA